ACUAGCCAUAACAUAACCUCAAAAAUAUUUACAUGUAAAAUGUUUAAACUUUUACAAAAAGUAGCAAGAAGUAGCUUUACAAAAUCUGCUAAUAGUUUCAGGAAUGCCGAAUUUCAUCAGGCACCUCUACUUGUAUGCCACUGUGAUGGCUCUUCGUUUCGGCCCAACUUACCAAUGUACAACGUCUUGAGGGGUUAUGCAAAGAAUAAAGAUAAGAAGAAAGACAAAAAUAAAGCAAAAGUCGAGGUAAACGAAGCCCAGCUAGCGGAAGCUGUUAACCUAGGUGCAUUACGAAAAGACAUGGAGAGAGCUAUUGGUACUCUUAAGGAAGAGUUUGUAAAGAAUUUGUCAAUUCGGUCUUCUGCAGGAUCAAUCGAAUCCAUCAUCGUGAAUGUCGACGGCAAAGACCACACAUUGCAAGAGCUAGCACAGAUAGCUAGAAAAAAUCCCAAAACCGUAGUGGUGAACAUGGCGAUAUUUCCGCAAGCCAUUCCGGCCGCGCUUAAAGCCAUCGCGAAGUCCGGCAUGAACUUAAAUCCUCAGCAAGACGGCACAACGCUUUACAUACCGGUUCCCACGGUCACGAAGGAGCAUCGCGAAAAUCUGGCCAAGGGCGCCAAGAGUUUGUUCGUGAAGUGUAAAGAUGGCAUUAGAGACGUGCAAAAUAAGCAAUUUAAAAGUUUGAAGCGAAAGGAGGGACUUUCAAUAGACACAGAAAGAAACCUAGAGCAACAAAUUACCGCGAUAGCCGACAGCUACAUCCACGAAGCUGAACGAAUACUACAAGCUAAACAAAAUGAACUGAUUGGGAAUAAUUAAAACCUUCAAUGAG